AUAAAAAGGAGGUACUGUAGAUUUUGUUUGAACACACAUUGAGAGACAUGAUACCAAACUGGAAGAAUCUUUACGGUGUUUUACUGGUGGCACUGAUGGGUGCACCAGGUUUGGAGGCCUUGGAGCAGAUUUCCUGGACCGGUGAGGUGACAGCUGGUUUCACUACCACUUUCACCUGUUCCUCUUCUUGCUUCCCAAACUGCAUCUACACCUGGUCCUUUAUGGGCCGCACGGCCAACGGGAGCGCAAUAAGCUGGACACCAGAUGGACGGGACAAUACAGUGGAAUUACAGUGCAAUGUGCUCAAUCCAGAAACAGGAGUCUCCAGGAGUAUAACCUCCAUUGUAGAAAUUAAGAAUCGAGUGUCUGUUCAAAUCAGUCCACCAAACACUGUCCCAUCUCUCAACCAGUCACUGGAUCUCGUCUGCCAUGAUGCUUCAUCACCCUCAAGCCAGGGGAACCAGGUGGUCUGGUACAAAGAUGGACAGAAAGUGACCCUGCGUGACAAUAUGCAGCUGCUGCAAAACACUUUACUCCACUUUGACUCACUGCUGCCCUCUGAUGCUGGAUUCUACCAGUGUGAGGCUUAUGUGCCUACGGUGCAUCAGACAAAGGUUUUCAGCCUGGGCUUUCUACUCAGCUUUGAUCCAUGGAACGUCAGCAUCAGCGGACCUGAUGCGGUGUUUCCAGGCAGAUUGAGUAAAUUCACCUGCUUGACGAGCUGUACCUUAAAUGUGGACUGUACAGUCAAAUGGCAGUUCAGGGGAGGCUUUCCCAUUGGAACCUACUUUUCAGUCCAUGAAAAUGAGCUCAAGUGGACCCCUUCUAUACCCGGUACUUUCCAAAACUUCACCUGUGUUGCAGAAAAUGCAGCUGUUGGACGCUCUGCUGAGGCCACUAAGAUGGUAGAAGUUAAAGGUGUUCUGGCCUCUGGUGCUGUGGAGGUCCAGCCCUCCAUCAACCCUGCUGUUGUCGGGAGUACAGUGACGCUGUCUCUUUCUCCUUCUGCGACUCUGAAUAGUGGGAGCUGGGCAGUGGGAGAGUCCCUCAUCCUCACCUGGCUGGGGGACCAGCAGGCAGUUUUCCCCAGUCACACCGGCAGGGCGUCAGUCAACGUCCUCACUGGAGCUCUCACUCUGACCUCUGUCAAGGUGGCUGAUUCAGGAGUCUACGUAGUGCAGAGCACUAACCCACAGCUUAAGGCCAAUGUUUCCAUCACUGUUCUGGAGCCCGUUUCAAAUGUGACACUAAGGACGACUCAAACCAACCUGUUGGAGUUCAACAGUUCAGCAGUCAUUACGUGCUCCGUCUCCUCUGGAUCCUCUGUCUCUUUCCUCUGGCUGAACGACAGCUCUGAGGUUACAGCCAGGGACAGAGUUCAGCUCACUAAUGGAAACUCCACUCUCACUAUAGUUAAUAUAACCCGCUAUGACCAGGGACCAUUCAGGUGUCAUGUGUUCAAUCCUGUCAGUAACGGCACCAGUGAUUCAGUAAACUUUACCAUCAGCUAUGGUCCAGAUAACAUGGCCAUAACAGUGAAUGGACAGAAUACAACUUCCUUUACAAUUGGAUCCAACCUGACCAUGCUCUGUUCAGCACAGUCCAAUCCUCCAGCUCAGCUUCAGUGGGCUUACAGAGGAGAGCUUGUGAACACUACAGGUCCAUUGUUGAAGCUGUUCAGUGUCAGCGAGCACCAAAGUGGUCCAUAUUCUUGUCUGGCCUUCAACAAUCGCACCGACCUGAACAACACUAUCACCACACACAUCAUGAUAGCAAGCAAGUUGUAG